AUGGCGACGAAAGAAGAAAAUUUUGGGGUCUUAAUUUCUUCAUUAAAUUGCAAGGGAUCCAAAAAUACGAGAAACUUUUACGGUUAUGUAAUUCCGACUAUGUCGCUGGUAUUGGUGGCAUUCAUAAUGACGUGUCAUACUUCAUUUAUCUUAUAUAACCGAUGGAAGAAAUUUAAUGGCAAUAUGAACAGGACAACAGCGAUUAAGUUAGGACGAGCGGUUCGAUUAAACAUUCUCUGUCCUUUUAUGAGUGCGUCAAUAGGAAUAUUAUUGUUUUUAAUAUUUGGAUCGAAAAAAAGCGCUGCUUUAUUUCUUCCAUUUUGCUAUUAUGUUCCUCCUGAUAAACCGAUUAGAGCCCCUAUAAAUGAUUAUGAUGAAAAAGUUAUCGAAAGAUGCAUUUCAACACAUUCAUCUGUAUAA